AUGGCUCCGCGCACCAAGACCUCUCCUCGGUGCAACGGCUGCAUCACGCGAGGCCGGUCAUCCAAAUGCAACCGGAAGUCUCCAUGCUCUAUGUGCGUCAUUAAAGACACAGCUUCCGCGUGCUGGUACGGUCCGGCGCCCCAACCAUGUCCGGAACCCUCUCCCUCAGCAAGCCCCCUUGGAUCGCAGGCACCCGCCCCCGAUCCUCCACGCGCCUCCCCGCGUGGCAUAAGGCGGCCUAUCCUGAGAGACACGCCAUCGGAUUGCCCCGUACCGCCCAGAUCACCGCCCUCGGGCAUUCCGAUUACCCCGACUGCCAGAAACCUGGUUGCCCCACCUCACAUGCCGGACAUAUCCGCCUUGCACCACGAUGCUGCCAUCCCAACCUCCUCGCACAACAUCCCGGACGAAAUCAUUCACUUGCGGGCCCGUUUGGCGGCCCUCGAACGGCGUGAGGUUGGGUUCUUAGACCACACGGACGACCCUAUCUAUCGACACGUUGAUGCCAAAGCCCGAGCCCCCCCUGCCCCCUCCGAUUCGCUGCGGAAGGCUGUCAUCCCCGGCAAGCAGGCCCCGGCCAGGCAAGCCCUUAUUCCACCGGUCAUCAUCCAGAUUUUCAAGUCCGGACUGCGCAAAUACGUCCCGCUACCUAUGCUGACCACGCGCUAUUGGCAAUUGAACUCCGAUUCAUUGCGUUUCAAGAUGGACGUGAUAAAAUGGAAUAGCAAAGGCCACGCACUUGUCAAGGAGGCAUCCAACUUGUCGGACGCAGGCGAACUGCUUAUGUCCCCAGACGAUUGGGUUGACGGCUGGAAAACGUGGCUUUGGUUAAUCGAAAAAUACCAGCCUGACGUUGCGCCAGCUUGGCACAAACAUUUUGCUCUCGUAUUCUACGACCCAUCUUUCCACAGUGACUUCAACCUUUGGCUCCGCUAUGAUAUCACUGUCAGAAAACGUUGGAUUGAGGAAGAUUUUGACCCAGGGUCCCUACAGGAAGGAAUCUACAAGAUGAUAGACCGGGAGCUUGCGUUAGCAGCAAGGGACGUGUCAUCGCAGCACUCCGGCCCACACGUGUCAUCCACCUAUCCCAACAGCCGUCAAACCCACCUUUGUCCACGGGACUUACCACACCACCCACCAGACACACACCCAUCUGCCUCCUUGUCAGCAGCCAGGCCUAGCCGUUUCCACCCUUACAAACCAGUACAUUCUACAUACAACCACCCUAGUGCAGGUCACCCUAUCUCUUUGGCCAAAUGCCUAUGCUGUGGUAGCCUGGGCCACUCGCCGCGUACAUGUCAUGCCACCACCCGAUCCAAUGACGCUUCUGCUACGUUUUCAACGGCACUAGAGGUUGUCCCAACCCAAGAUGCGUCCGAGGACCACACCUCUGCUCCCUCUGCGGCAAUGCUGGACACAAUGCACAAGGUUGCUCUGACUGACCCCCGGAAAGUUGUCACACCACUCAUCCUGGCGGCUUGGCAUAUGUGCCUCCAGAGGCUUGAUUUACUUAACCUCUUUGGCAACGUCCCAAUUGGUCUCACACAAGGCUUCUGUCUUGGUUCUUCUUGUUCUCUACUUGCCACUUCAAUCCCACCUAAUCAUAAAUCAGCUCAGGAUGCCCCUGACGUUAUUGACUCUCACAUUUGUAAAGAAUUAUCCCUUGGCCGUUACUCAGGCCCAUUCACACACUCACUUCUCUUCUCUCUCAUUGGACAUUUCCGCUCUGCCCCAUUAGGGCUUGUAUCUAAACCCUCCUCCCCAGGAGAAUUCAGAAUGGUCCAAGAUUUCUCCUUCUCCCAUGGAAAAGGCCAGAACAUCUCAGUCAAUGCAGAGAUUGACAUUGAUGAAUUUCUGUGCAUUUGGGGAUUUUUUGACAAUGUUGUACAGGUCAUUUUAGACCUACCGGAGGCCUCAAUGGCGGCAACAUUUGACGUUGAUGCAGCAUACCGUUGCAUCCCCAUCCACCCCAGCGACCAAUCUAGCACAAUUGUGGCAUGGAAGGACAACCUAUAUGUUGAUCAUUGUGCCCCGUUUGGCGCCGCAAGCUCGAACGGCUUAUUUGCGCGCUGCGGGGAUGCCAUGCUCAUGAUCUUAGAGGCCUCCCUGGGUUGCCGCGUAGUAAAAUGGGUCGAUGAUUACGUCAUUGUCAGACCGCCCCCGGGCUUCCCGGGUGGGGACACGUCCGAACAGGAUAUUUACAACUUGGCACUACCGCUUGGCUGGCCGUGGAAGUCGUCCAAAACUAAGAACUUUGCGUACGCGUUUGAUUUCCUUGGUUUCUACUGGUGCAUCCCCAAACGGGAAGUCUCAAUACCAUUAAAGAAACGCGAUAAAUUCCUUAGCAAGAUAUGUACUUGGCUUGACGCGGACAGAGUGUCCCUAAAACUCACGCAACAACUGAUCGGGUCUCUUGUUCACUGCACAAAUGUGGUUGUCGAAGGCAGAGCAUGGCUGGCAGGUCUUAUCCGAUUCAGCGCUGCAUUCCCGCACAAACAUGCCUCCCGUUUUGUAUCACGCCCCAAACCAACCUACGCGGUCCACGACGCACUUUGGUGGCAGAACAGACUUGCUUCCGCGUCCUGUACACGCAAUAUUUCCCCACCACCCACUGCGUUCCCGUCGGAAUUUUUUAUGGAUGCCUCUACGUCCUUCGGCAUUGCCAUCAUUGUGGACAACCACUGGGCCGCAUGGCGUCUGUUGCAAGGGUGGAAGUCCGGCGGUCGCGACAUUGGAUGGGCCGAGAUAUCAGCAUUGGAGAUGACACUUGAGGCAGCAAUUGCAUACGGCCUGCGAGACUCUCUCCUGCAUUUCCGCUCAGAUAAUCAAGGCGUUGUGUUUGCUAUGGCGGCUGGCAGGUCGCGCAACCUAGAACAGAACAACGCAAUCAAGCGUAUCUUUGCGCGUUCAUCCCUGUUUGGCCUGCGAAUCCAAACCUCAUAUAUUGCCUCGGAUGAUAACCCGGCCGACCCACCCUCGCGCGGCAUGCCAAUUCCCGGCAUGAAGAGUUGUUCGUGGGCGAUACCAAUGCCUGAGCAUUUAGCAUCUUUCUUAGCGCGUGGACUUUUGUUUUCGUGA